UAACUCCUCAGGGAGCGCUCACACUUUCACACAAUUGGAACUAAAGAUUAGAACUUAAACUGGGACUUGCACGAAACUAAACCCGAGCUAGACCAGACCUAAACCAGAACCAGACCAAAUCAACUCUGCAUAGACAAACUAGUCCAAAACCAGAACCAAACCGGGAUCAAGCCAGGACACAUAACGCGGAAGUUGUGAGUCCGACACGGUGCAGGUAAAGGGUCAUUUUCCAACAUGGCAAUCGUAAGCGCACUGUCAAACUGGCUUCCUCGGGUCCUUCCAUUGUCUCUGUGCGUGUUUUUCUUUGCGUUUCUCGGAUAUUGUCUUUACAUCAAAUACCAGCAUCUCAAAUAUGACCACAUCCCUGGACCGCCACGAACCAGUUUUCUCUUGGGCCAUUCUCCAAUUUUGGUGGAGAUAAUGAAAAAGGAUGGAGUCGUUCAUGACAAGUUUCUAGAAUGGUCAGAGAUAUAUGGACCAGUGUACAGGAUCAAUAUACUACAUUAUGUGUUGCUUGGAGUGCACUGCCCAGAGGCUACAAAGGAGAUUCUCAUGUCCUCAAAAUACCCCAAAGAUAAAUUCCUCUACAAGCGUCUCUUCAGCCUUUUCGGUCAAAGGUUUUUGGGGAAUGGUCUGGUGACAGCGCGAGACCACGAGCAGUGGUACAAACAGAGACGCAUCAUGGACCCCGCCUUCAGCAGCCUAUAUCUGAGAGGUUUGACGAGCACCUUUAAUGAGAGAGCAGACAAACUGAUGGAGAAGCUUUCUGAAGAGGCAGAGAACAAAACUGUGGCCAACAUGCUCCAUCUGGUCAACUGCGUCGCACUGGACAUUAUCGCCAAGGUCGCGUUCGGAGUUGAUCUGGACCUGCUUAGGUACUCCUCACCGUUCCCCAGAGCCAUCGAGAUGUGUCUCCAAGGAAUGUGUCACUAUGUCCGAGAUGCAACCUUCGAGUUCAGACCUCAGAACUGGUCGUACAUUAGUGAAGUGAGGAAAGCCUGUGAUCUGCUGCGUUCCACUGGAGCUCAGUGGAUCAAUGAGAGGAAGACGGCCAUGCAAAACGGAGAGGAGGUGCCCAAAGACAUUCUCACACAGAUCAUCAAAUCAGCCGGACAAGAGGAAAGCAUGACCAAGGAGGAUGAAGAGUUUAUGUUGGACAACUUUGUGACCUUCUUUAUCGCAGGCCAGGAGACCACCGCCAAUCAACUCGCCUUUUGUAUCAUGGAACUGGGACGACACCCGGAUAUUUUAGAGAAAGCGAAGAAAGAGGUGGAUGAAGUCAUUGGAAUGAAGAGAGAAAUAAGCUACGACGACCUGGGAAACCUGACGUAUCUCUCACAGGUGCUGAAAGAGACGCUCAGACUGUACCCCACUGCCCCUGGGACGUCCCGUGAUCUGAAUAAAGACAUGGUGAUAGGAGGCAUCAAUGUCCCAGCAGGAGUGACAAUUAUGUUCAGCAGCUACACUGGUGGUCGGUUGGAGAAAUUCUUCAAAGAUCCACUGAAGUUUGACCCAGACAGAUUUCAUCCUGAUGCUCCCAAGCCUUACUACUGCUACUACCCCUUUGCACUCGGCCCUCGCUCGUGUCUUGGCCAAAACUUUGCUCAGAUAGAAGCCAAGGUGGUGAUGGCCAAACUGCUCCAGAGGUUUGAUUUCACGCUGGUCCCAGGACAGAGUUUUGACAUAAAAGACACAGGGACGCUCAGACCAAAGAGUGGAGUCCUGUGCACCAUCAAACACAGACACCAUGAAUGAACAGCACUAAACAUUAUAAGAACGCUACAGUACAUGUUAUUGUCUUCACUUCAGCAUUUACAUCCAGUGUUGGGAAGUAACUGAAUACAUAUACUGAAAAUACGUGUUCGGAAUACUCACUUUGAGUAUUUUGAGCGACUGUGUUCUGAUACAGUUAUCUGAGGUGGGGACGUGCAGGUCUUGACUUGGACUUGAGUCACUUAACAUAUGCUGUAAAUUACAGGAAGUCCAAAGUUCUAUUUUAGACAAAAAGCAUGGAUUCUGUUGUUUGUACUGAACAAAAUUCAGCACAAAUCUGUAUCGAAAUCAGUACAUUUGAAGCUUUAAUAAACCUCAAAAUCUACAUGAAAUACUUGUACUUGUUAGUUAGUUUACUUGAGUAUUUCUUUGCUCUGGUAUCUGUACUUUUACAUAAGUCACUUCUUCCAGCACUGUUCAUUCAUCCUCAUUGUGCUAUUCUCAAAGCAACCACAAGAGGGUAGUAUUGUCUUACUUUUCACAUCUUUAUUAGUCCAGGUUUUCUGUGGUUCAUAACAGACCGCAAAUGACCACAACUUUUAUUCACUUAACUUUUGUUUCCUUUAAUAUUAAAUUGCAUUGUAAUUAUUAUUAUUUUUUUUAUUGCAUCUCCCUACAAUUCCAACAAAUGCAUUUUCAGAUGUAAUGCAAUGCAGCAUAUUCACAAAUUACUUUUCCAUGUACUCUCUUUGUCUAAUUUAAAGGUGCACUGCAUAACUUUUCAGAUUGGUGAUCCACUACCAUGGAGAUGUUAUUGUUUACCUAUAAAAUUCCACAAUAUGGCAUUAAACUUUGGCAUUUA